AAAAUCAACUUAGGCAACAUAAAGCCAAUAAUCAUUUUCGCGUGACAAGUGUUAAUUGGUGGUAAUUACAGCAGUAGGUGUUGUGUAAACAGACAAAGUAAACAUACCGCAAUAAUGGCCCUUUUAAACGGGAGAGCUUUGCAUUACGUGUUCAAAAUCGGGGACAGGAAACUCACGGCUCAAUUCUACAGGGAGGUUUUGGGGAUGAAGGUGCUCAGGCACGAAGAGUUCGCCGAUGGUUGCGAAGCCGCCUGCAACGGGCCUUAUGCGAAUCGUUGGAGUAAAACGAUGAUCGGUUACGGUCCGGAAGACAAUCAUUUUGUCGUCGAACUCACAUACAAUUAUCCGAUCAAAUCGUACGAGACGGGCAACGAUUUCAUUGGGAUAGCGGUCAGAAGCAGGGAGGCUCUGGUCAGAGCCAAACAAUUGAAUUGGCCCAUCUUGCCGGGAAACGUUCUGGAAGCGCCAGGCGGUUACAAGUUCUUCAUCAUCGAUGAACUUCAACCUACAGAUAAAGAUCCAGUGGAGAAGGUUAUCUUGGCCUCGAGUAACUUGCAGAGGUCUCUUGAUUACUGGAACAACCUGCUUGGGUUGAAAGUCUUCGAGCAAUCUGAGAGAUCAGCAGUUUUGGGCUUCAAGGAAGCUGAAGCGAAAUUGGAAUUGCAGGAGAUAAGUGAUCCGAUCAACAGGGCCAAAGCUUACGGACGUAUCGCGUUCUCCGUUCCACUCGAGGAGCAAGACGUGAUCGAUGCGAAAGUGAAGGAGGCGAACGCAACGAUUCUCACACCUCUGAUAUCGUUGGACACGCCAGGAAAGGCAACGGUUCGUGUUAUAAUACUUGCGGAUCCGGAUGGUCACGAAAUUUGCUUCGUCGACGACGAGAACUUCAGGAAGUUGUCCGCCUUCGACGAGGACGGCGAUAAACUCCUGAACAGAUAUAUCAACAAGGACCAAUCUUAAUCUCUUUCCCACUUUCUUACAUUCAAAUGAAUAACAU